GAUUCCAGGCUGUAGAUACCAGUGUACACUAGUUGAAGAUGCCAACAGUGUGCAGUCUCUGGAGAAGGAAAUGCAGGUUCAUUUGUCUGUAGAAGAACCAAAGCUAGUUUCCACAGUUGAAGAUGCUCUCAGCAGUUCCCAUCAAGUGAUGACAGAAUCCACAGAGCCAGCCAAUCCUGUUAAUGAUAUGAAACAUUUGAUAUGUAGACUAGCUGCUCUCUGUGACAUGACUGUUGUUCAGGAUGAGCUCUUAACAGUUGCUUCUAAGAAUAUUUUUGUCCCCUCAGAUAAAGAUAUAAAAUCUAUCAAAAAGAAAUUUCUUGAGAACUUUGACAACGACAAGCUUAAGAAAAUGAAAGAAGUUCUGAAACUGAAAAAAGGCAGGCAGAAAAAACAGCAGCUAAGAGCUCUUAUUGCAGACUCUGGCCUUUCAAAGGAACAGUUGCUACUCUUAGCUCAGGAUACAAAUUCUCGGAUUAAAAAAUUAAUGAGCUUGAGAAGUAUUCCUGAAGGCUUCAGGAAAGAGGUUGUUUUGAAAGACCACAGAAAAGCCCUAAAGAUGAAAACGCAAGAGCGUCAGCAAAAACUUCUUGAGAUGGCUGAAAUGCUGAAAAGAAAUCAGAUAAGUGACCCAGGUGUGACAAUUAUGUCCAAGUCCGGGGGUAAAAAGUGUGUUCUCCACAAGUCCUCUAUAUCUGUGGUGUCACACAGCACCCAGCAGUUGUCAUUAGAAAAUAUUACUGAAGUGGCUGAGACUCUGUCUGGAAAGAGCAAGAAAAUUAUUAUGCAACCAGGUUGCCAAGAUAAGACUAAAGAUAUAAUGAAACUGGAGUAUGGUAGACGGACCUGUGUAAAGAAGAAGAUGAAACAGAUUAUAGCCAAAAUUUUAGAUGAAGUUAGUGAUGCCGGAUACCGUGUAAUAGUAACAACAACUGUUGGUUCAGAAGCAGGCUCCCACAGUGCAGAACUGUCAAUCAUACCAAUCAAAGUAGAUGACUUUCUACCAGAGACUAAGGAAAGUGAUGUGAAGCCUGAACUUUCUGAGGAAGAUUAUGCUAAACAGUUGGAAAGAGAGCAAAUUUUAGAAAAACAACAGGCUAAUGAAGAAAAAAUGAAGGAACUUGAAAUCAAAUUACUGAGGAUUUUAACCGGUACAGAAGAGAUGUUUAUUCCCACCAGGAAACGCUACAGUAAAGGAGAACCUCAUAUGUCAGAUGCUGAGAGAAUGAAGGAAUACAGAAAGAAGUUAAAACAAGAUCCAGACAAAUACCAGAUGUGCAAACAGAAACGUGCAAUGAACAGAAAGAGGCAUAGACUCAGUGAGCUGGUGGCCAAGGUGAAAGUAAAUACAGCAGGUUCUUCUGUGACUGUAAUACCAGCAGCUCCUGUCAAUGAAGAAUCUCAUGGAUCACAGACAAUGGGCACUCUGGUUAGCAUGACACAGCCAGUAGGUGGGGUGACCAUGCACUGCCCUCAGGUAUACGAGCACCCCGGUAGUCACCAGGCGACAGCAUCGGUUGUCAAUGUCCAUCACACAACACAGUAUGUUGGACAGGUGUCAGGGAUACAUGGCAGCCAUCAGCACCAGCAGCCCAUUGCUUAUGGAAGUGACAUGGAUAUUGUGGAACUUAUUGCUGCCACUCACAGUGUUCAGAAUCAGCAUUAUGGUUAA